AGGUAUAAAAGGGAGGAAGGAGAGGGAGAGGAGUCGGAGUCAGUCGCGGAUGUUAAAAAGGCAGAAAGGGAACGGGUAAGAAAGAGAAGUAGAACUCGGCGGCUAGAGUGGUGGAGAAGGAACCAAAACGAGAGAGGGGGGAGGCGCACGAGCGCCGCUGGAACCCUAGAAAUUUCAGGGGACGCGUGGAUCUCCUGGGCUCGAAUCUGCUGCGCUCCCGGUAAAUUUCGAACGCGUUGGUUUCUGCCCAGGAUCGGUCGGCGGAUCGAGUGGCUGCGGUAGCUUCUUCGCGGUCUAGGGUCGGACGGAGUCGCUGACGCGAUAGCUUUCGUCUUUCUGGUGGCGGUCGGAGCUCGGAGAGGGAACAAUGUCAUAUUUGAGCAGAGAACUUGUUUUCCUGAUACUGCAAUUCCUGGACGAGGAAAAGUUCAAGGACGCGGUUCAUAAGUUGGAACAAGAGUCCGGUUAUUACUUUAAUAUGAAACACUUCGAGGAUCUAAUUCAGGAAGGGGAAUGGGAUGAGGUUGAGAAGUACCUUAGUGGCUUCACUAAGGUUGAAGACAAUCGUUACUCUAUGAAAAUAUUCUUUGAGAUUAGGAAACAAAAAUAUCUGGAAGCACUCGACAGCCAAGACAGAGCUAGGGCUGUGGAGCUACUUGUGAAGGAUCUUAAGGUGUUUGCUUCUUUCAAUGAGGAUCUGUACAAGGAGAUCACUCAACUUCUUACCUUGGAGAAUUUCAGGCAAAACGAGCAACUUUCCAAGUAUGGGGACACAAAAUCAGCACGAAAUAUAAUGCUUAUGGAACUUAAGAAGCUUAUUGAAGCUAAUCCUAUUUUUCAUGAUAAGUUAGCAUUUCCUCCUUUUAAAACUUCACGGUUGCGAACUUUAAUAAACCAAAGCUUAAAUUGGCAACAUCAACUUUGCAAGAAUCCACGCCCUAACCCUGAUAUCAAAACACUUUUUACUGAUCACUCUUGUUCUAUUCCUGCUAAUGGAGCACGUGGACCACCAGCAAAUGGCCCACUUGUGGGGUCUAUUGCUAAAUCUGGAGCAUUUCCUCAACUUUCUGCUCAUAGUCCGUUCCAGCCAGUUAUUUCUCCACCUGCAAGUGCCAUUGCAGGAUGGAUGACAAAUCCUAACCCGUCAUUAUCACAUGCUGCCGUGGCACAAGGCCCUCCGGGUCUGAUUCAGCCUCUAAGCACAGCUGCAUUCUUGAAGCACCCAAGGAUGCCAGGCAGUGCUCCAGCUGUGGAUUACCAAACUGCUGAUUCUGAACAUUUGGCAAAGAGACUACGAACUGGCCAAUCAGAUGAGGUAUCAAAAAUGCAAUUUCCUAGUGCAAGUCAUCCACCCAACAUUUACUCUCAAGAUGAUAUUCCAAAGACUUUGGUACGGUCUAUUAAUCAGGGUACUAAUGUCCAAAGCCUGGAUUUCCAUCCAAUCCAACAUACAAUUCUUCUAGUUGGAACAAAUGUUGGUGAUAUUGCUAUAUGGGAAGUUGGAUCCAAAGAACGGUUGGCACACAAGACCUUCAAGGUUUGGGAUAUCAGCUCUUGUUCUUUGCCAUUGCAGGCAGCUUUCAUGAAAGAUGUUACUGUAUCGGUUAAUCGAUGCUUAUGGAGCCCAGACGGUUCUAUUCUCGGUGUUGCAUUCUCAAAACAUAUUGUUCAGACUUACGUUUUUAGUUUAAACGGAGAGUUUAGGCAGCAAUUGGAGAUUGAUGCCCAUGUAGGUGGAGUUAAUGACAUCGCCUUCUCCCAUCCAAAUAAGAGUCUAUCUAUAAUCACUUGUGGUGAUGACAAGAUUAUUAAAGUGUGGGAUGCUGCAAAUGGGCACAAGCAGCACACUUUCGAGGGUCAUGAAGCUCCUGUGUACUCUGUAUGCCCUCACCAUAAGGAGUCUAUUCAGUUUAUCUUCUCAACCGCUAUUGAUGGGAAAAUAAAAGCAUGGUUGUAUGAUUGUUUGGGAUCAAGAGUGGACUAUGAUGCUCCAGGAAAAUGGUGCACGGCAAUGUCUUACAGUUCAGAUGGGACUAGGCUUUUCUCUUGUGGAACUAGUAAAGAUGGUGAUUCUCAUCUUGUAGAGUGGAAUGAAACUGAGGGAACUAUUAAAAGGACAUACUCUGGCUUUAGAAAACACUCAUCAGGAGUUGUUCAGUUUGACACAACUAGGAACCGUUUCUUGGCAGCUGGAAAUGAAUUCAUGAUAAAGUUUUGGGAUAUGGAUAACAGUACCAUACUAACAACCACGGACGCAGAUGGUGGAUUGCCUGCAAGUCCACGCCUAAGAUUCAACCGUGAUGGUUCAUUGCUUGCCGUGACAACAACUGAUAAUGGAAUCAAGAUCUUAGCAAAUGCUGAUGGCCAAAGGUUGGUAAGGAUGCUCGAGAGUAGGGGAUUUGAAGGGUCUCGAGGUUCUCAACAGAUAAGCACUAAUGUGAAGCCACCGCUUAUGAAUGCAUUAGGGGUUGUCUCAAACAUUUCUAGUGCCAUCAUACCUCCAACUGAGCGACCUGAUCGACUCUUACCUGCUGUAUCAAUGGGUAGUUUGGCGGUUGUGGAUAGCAACAGAAAUGUUGAUGUUAAGCCAAGAAUUCUGGAGGAUACUGAAAAGAGCAAAGGCUGGAAGUUGGUUGACAUUGUUGACUCUGCACACCUUAAAGCUUUGCUAUUGCCAGAUACAUUGACAGCAAGCAAGGUGGUGCGUCUGUUGUAUACAAACUCUGGGCUAUCUAUACUAGCUCUUGGCUCCAAUGCUAUUCAUAAGUUGUGGAAAUGGCCACGUAAUGAGCGGAAUCCAUCUGUUAAGUCAAAUGCAUCUACUACCCCUCAGUUGUGGCAACCAACAAAUGGUGCUCUUAUGACUAAUGAAACAACCGAUGCCAAUCCUGAAGAAGUGACUGCAUGUAUUGCUUUGUCAAAGAAUGAUUCUUAUGUAAUGUCUGCAUCUGGUGGCAAAGUUUCCUUGUUUAACAUGAUGACUUUCAAGGUAAUGACAACUUUUAUGCCUCCUCCGCCUGCUGCUACCUUUCUGGCAUUCCAUCCUCAAGACAACAAUUUUAUUGCUAUUGGAAUGGAUGAUUCCAGUAUUUUAAUAUACAAUGUUCGAGUUGACGAGGUGAAAACCAAGCUCAAGGGUCACCAGAAACGGAUUACAGGCCUUGCAUUUUCACAGUCGUUGAAUGUCCUUGUAUCUUCUGGUGCUGAUGCCCAGCUAUGCAUGUGGAGUAUUGAUGCGUGGGAGAAGAAAAAAUCCAGAUCUAUCCAGGUGUCAGCUUCCCGUGCAACCCCUUUAGUCGGGGACACCAAAGUUCAGUUUCAUAAUGAUCAGGCACAUCUCUUGGUUGUCCAUGAAAGUCAACUAGCAAUCUACGACAGGAAGCUUGAGUGUUCGCGCUCAUGGUGUCCUAGAGACAUGCUCUCAGCGCCAAUUUCACAUGCAAUCUACUCUUGUGACGGUUUGUCAGUAUACGCUGGGUUCUCAGAUGGUGCCAUUGGAGUCUUUGAAGCAGACAGCUUGAGGCUUCGAUGCCGGAUUGCAUCAUCUGCUUAUUUACCAGCGUCUAUUCAGAGUGCCGGCUCUUCACAUCCUGUGGUGAUUGCUGCUCACCCGACCGAAUCCAACCAGAUUGCACUAGGCAUGAGUGACGGUGCGAUUUACGUUCUGGAACCAUCCAACGAUGCAGAUCCAAAGUGGGGAUCAGCACCUCCCCAGGAAAAUGGUUCUCUUCCUUCGUCCUCGAAUCUAGUCUCCAGCAAUAACCAGACAUCAGAGCAACCCCCUCAGAGGUGACUUGGUUUCCUAUAAACAGAGUGUAGAUGUUUUGGUGCAAAUGGUUUGGAAGUAGAACAGCUACUGUUGAAUACAACCCUGGAGCUACACAUUCUUUUUUUUUAUUCAAUGACAACAUGCUCUCCCAUUGUAAAUCUGCUAGUCUUUGUGUGGCAUAGAUGUUUCGUAAAUGUUGUAAAUUAUGCUGAUACAAUUAAUUGACCUAGAAUUGCUGUCC